AUGGUUCAUCACUCAGAAUCUACCUCCGAAGCUUCUGAUCAUCUAGAUACCCGCACUCGACAAGCUUCUUCUUCCAACACAUCUGCACGACACCUUCUCCAAGCCAACUCGUCUCGAUCGCAUUCGCCUACGAUGAGCGCCCCGCAACACGAGAGCACUUCCACGGGCAAGGCCCGCGCACCCGAUUAUGAGGAGCGCAGCGAAACCACGGCCAACGGUGGCGGCCUCGGUCUUGGACAGGGCGGCUUCAAGCCUCACAAUGAGAUGACGGUCCAGCCUCCCACCAAGGAGGAUCUCCAGCGCAGCUACGCCAGAGUUGUCGCCGAAGAUGCUAACCCCAAGGGUUGGUACGGAACCAUGAUCAACACCUUCGGUGCCUGCAUUGGUACUCUUGGUGCCAUCCCCUGCUGCAUCGUCUGCCCGAACCCUUACAAGAACGUGAACCAGGGUAAUGUCGGUCUCGUCACCAAGUUUGGCAAAUUCUACAAGGCCGUCGACCCUGGUCUUGUCAAGGUCAACCCUCUCAGCGAGAAGCUCAUUCAGGUCGACGUCAAGAUUCAAAUGGCAGAGGUUCCCCAGCAGACUUGCAUGACCAAGGACAACGUCACCCUGCAUCUCACCUCUGUCAUCUACUACCACAUUGUCGCACCUCACAGAGCCGCCUUCGGUAUCUCCAACGUGCGCCAGGCUCUGAUGGAGCGAACCCAGACCACUCUCCGCCACGUCGUCGGUGCCCGCAUUCUCCAGGAUGUUAUUGAGCGUCGUGAGGAGAUUGCCCAGUCCAUUGGCGAGAUCAUCGAGGAUGUCGCUGCCGGAUGGGGUGUUCAGGUCGAGAGCAUGCUCAUCAAGGACAUCAUCUUCAGCCAAGAGUUGCAGGAGUCGCUGUCCAUGGCCGCCCAGAGCAAGCGUAUUGGUGAGAGCAAGAUCAUCGCAGCCAAGGCUGAGGUCGAAUCUGCCAAGCUCAUGCGCCAGGCUGCCGACAUUCUGUCGUCUGCUCCUGCCAUGCAGAUCCGCUACCUCGAAGCCAUGCAGGCGAUGGCCAAGUCUUCCAACAGCAAGGUCAUCUUCCUGCCUGGUCCUGGCCAGACCAUGCCCAACAUUCAGCAGUCGCUCAGCGGCAACAACCAAGCGGGCGAGUCGAGCGGUGCCAACCACGGCACUGGCGACUUCAACGACUUUGGAGGUCAGGAUUCCGGCUUUCAGCAAGCCAUUAACUCUCGUGUCAUCGAAAACAUUUGA